GUGUGACAGGAAUGGGGAUGUUGCUCAUGGUGUAUCGUCGCUGCUAAAGCCGGCUGAGGUUUAUUCAUGUUUGUGGUGGUUAACGCUUAAUAGACCCCCUAACCGUAGAGCUCAUUGCGGCAGAAGGACAGAGAUGUGACUGGGCUGUUAUCCGUUGACAGCAUACGGCGUUAUUUAUGUAGUUUUACUGCCUUAGCUAGAGUUGCUAACGGCGGUUUAUUGCUGCAGUGUGACAGCUGCGACGAGAAUGUCCGGUUAUUCAGGACUGGCAUGAACAGACUUUGUGCCCUCAUUCUUUACUGAAAGACUCUGACCUGCUGCCUCUCUCGAGCAGAGUUUACUAAGCUAUGGGAAGAAAUGUGGGACAUAUGUUUGUGGUCACACGUUAAAACUCGUGACAGUCUCGUAACUCGGGUUCAUUUAGCUUGGCUGGGUCGGGAUUAACAUCCCGUGUUAACAUCAUGUCUGAUUCCUGUGAAACACCAGAGACCAGUCAUGACGAUUACAGAGUCAAUGGAUGUGGGACACACUCUGAGGUCGCUAGAAGUCCAGCUGCCUCGGUUCCAAGCUUACUGUCAGUUAAGAAGAGAAAGAUCGUGCUUCACUUUGAUCUCAACAACACCGUCCUUGUGUCUGAUGCCGUUACUAAACAAGGAACAGUUGCUGCCCUUGAAUACUUUCUGUCCACCGUGACCUGGGGACGGAUGGCAAAAGGAAAGUGGGAGUGGAGGUGUGAGACUCCAUCUCUCCUUCCACCCUGUGAGGGUGCUACUACUUACUACUCCCACUUUGGUAGAGUAGCAAGCUUCACCACAGUUGGGCCGGGCAAACGUUUCCGAAAGGUUCUUGAGGAGCAUCUGGAGCUCCUGCAGUGGCCUUCUCACCUGGAGCCAGAUAAGGAGCUGUGUGUGAGAGGAGAAGAUGGCAAGCUGUACCACUGGAUUCUUCCCUCCUUCUUUCAACUGCUGCAGGACCUGGCGUCACAGGGGCUGGAAUUUUCCAUCGUAUUUCGCACCUUUGGCACUGACCUGCCCCGCGUUUUGAUGGUUGUUAAGCGAGCCCUCGAGCAAGGAACCCAUCCGCUCUUUCCUGACCUCCCAGCACUAAAGAUGAGUGUGAAUGCAACAGCAGGCCUGAUCAGGUGCAGCACUAAGGGUGCCGUUCUGACUCGAGGAGAGGAGCGUGUGUCCUCGCGGGAGGGGGAGCGGAGUCUGUAUCAGUACAUGAGCUCUUCACAGGGGCUGGGUGGCUUCCAGGACCACUUUGACUGGUGGGCCCGGAACACAUACUCCAUUUUGGGAGGAAAACCACUAUGGAUUGACCCUUUUGACUCCACAGUCCAGCACAUCUUCAUUGAUGACAACAUUCGUCAAAAUGAUGAGGACACAAUCGUGCAUCCAAAGGUAUUUUUGGAUCCAGAAGGCUCACAGACACGUACAGCCUCCACUUCAGAACUGUAUGAUCUGUGUUUGAUACAGAACGAUCUCCUUAGAGCCAUUUCAGACCCCACCUACUUCACCCAGCGCAUCCACAUAUGCAUGGAGAACUAUGAGAGGAACCUUCAGCAGUGAUUAAGCUAAUCUGACUUUGUGUAUUUUUGUGUGUGUUUUAUUUAUGCACCUGGAAAGAGAUGGAAAGAAGAUUGAAGAAUUAUGUUUGUGGUCAUUUGAUCACAUCUGUGAUCUUAAAAGAUCAACUUGAAUAUGCAGUCUCUUGCACUAAACCUCAACUCAUCCAAUUUUGAGCAUAUUGAUGUAAGAGUUCUGUAGCACACUGUAUCUCGUUGGGUGUGUGUUCAUAACCAGUUCAGAUUAUCAGCGCCACUGACUGAAGCAUUGAGGCUUGAACUCUUGUUCGCCUAUUCAAAAGUCACAAUGUACGUAGAGUGUACGGCCAAAAAGACCUUAUGUUACAAACUAGUGGCUGGACGGGACGUUAGAUAGGAGGAAUUCCAUAAUUAAAAUAUCCAUUAUAGGGGUGAAGAAUAUGGCAAAUCACGAUACAAAGUAUUUUCAUAUUAUAAUACACAUGCUUAGAAUUUACAACAAUACAUAUCAUAAUACAUAUCCUUAGAGUUUUCUGAAGUUUGACACUUUGGAACAGCCACAUUACAGUACUUUUUAAAUCAUUAUCCAACAUUUUGUAGGCUGCACUGUAUUACGUCCAACUAUACAGGACCAUUUACAGUAAAAUACAAACGUUUGCCCACACUGUCAUAUAUGUUGUUGAUGUUCUAGGUGAAAAUAAGUUAAGAAAUCCUUUAUAUUGAACAUAUUGUAGUGCACAGUUUCUGAUUAUUUGCUGAGUUUAGCAUUUUGGAAAAAUACAACAGAAAAACUGGCCACAAAAAAAAAAAUCAGCAAAUAAACAGCCUGUUCUCUGUAGAGGAUAUAAUCAUUUAUUUUCACUUGGGAAAUCAACAAAAAGUGGAAUUUAACUAGUGGGCACCCAAACUUCUGCAUAUUACUGUAUGUUCUCGUGGACUUCUGACAUUGUCAAAAUUGAAGCUUGCCAUCUCCAGACAACAGUGUAAAACAUUACUCAGCUACUCCACUCGUCAAAAUCUUUUUGUAACGAAACCUAGUUUGUCUGUGUUCUUUAAGUACUGAAGAAACACAUAAUAGUUUAUCAUAAUAAUAACGAUAUGGUCAUAUUUCCCAGUUCUGAUCUGUGGAAUCUGUGGAAGGGGUGGAAUAUUGAAGGAAGUGUGGAAGGGUGGAAUAUUACUUCUACAAGUAAGGCAAGGGAAGGUUUCUUCUAUUUUUGGUUCAUGACUGAUGUAUUUUGAAACAUUAUCCUUUAUCUCUAAUUCCGCUGUAGUCAAUGUCUGUUUAAGAUUUGUAACUGAAGUUUCCAAAACCGGUAAUAACUGAACCACCAGUUGAGCUUUAUGUUAAGUAUCAAAGUAGAUUCUACGUCAUGUGACGACACUGUUAUACUACUGGCCUACUUUACUGUGGCAUAAUGAAGAAAAAUGACUUUUACAUGCAGUAACAACUUCUGUGGUUUAGUUCAGAGAUGUUUCUCUCGACCUCAGUAUUCUCAGGGUUUAUGAUGUUUAACGUUGAGCAUUAUGAGGUAUGUUUUGUAGGAUUAUUGAAUUAUAUUUUACAUCUUAGGAUCCUCUGUGGACCGUUAUACUUGAAUUUUUGACCUGUUUUGCUUUGCUUACUUUAAAGGUUAUGGAAAAUGUUAAGUCUUUCCAGAAUGUACUUCUCAUUUAUGCUUUACAUGCAUCUUUUUGCCAUUUGUUGUUAAAAUGUAGAGGAUGGGAAAAGAGAGAGAUGUUUAUUUCUCCCAUCUGACUGACAGUAAGACUUGAUGAGAAUUGAUGAGAUUGAUGAUGUCAGUUGAUGAAAGUUUUUGGUGAUGAAAUGACUCUGCAGGUUGAAUUUCACAUUUGGCCACAAUGUUUUAUUAGUGUACAAAAUAUAUUUUAUUAGGGCUGAAGGACUAUUUAUCUUUAUAUUGAUAGUGCACUUGUCAAAUUGGUAGACCUGCUGUUUUAAUUAAAACCUUCAUUAUU